UGGAUGCGGCUAGCCUUUAGUUCCGCAGUAACAAUCGGCCAGUUAAGUCGUCGUCAUACAUAUCAUCCGCUGUACUUUUCGAAACGCAAACAAAAAUUACAAAAAAAAAAUCUAGUUACUAAGUGGAAGCACCACCCUACAUAACAAAAUUGUAUUUUUUUUUAUUUUACUUCAUUCGAUUUCUAAGGGUGAACGGGUAACAUUUAAUUUUUCUGUUGCAAUCUUAUAUUGCUGUGGUCAAUCCGUUGGAACGAAUUUUUUUUUCUCACCCACACUCUGACUCUGGAGACAAGCAAUUUAUUUAGUUGAAGCCCUUAAAGUGAUACUGAAGGAAAAAGUGUUAAUAAAGCAUUUUGUGUUUAUAAGAUAAAUCGAAUUAAACUUGUGCUUGACUGGUCAACAAUUUAUAUCAGCAACAUCACAGCAUCUUCUUUAUUUUCGUGAAUUAAAAUGAAUUGGAUUAUCAAAAUAAUUUCAAUAUCAGCAACAAUAAAUUUGGCGUUGGCGUGUAAUCGAAUUCCAGUGGGAACAACGGCAGGAAAAUCACCAGCUGAUGAUCGUUAUGUUGUUACAAUUGGUGGUAAUCCACAAAAUUUCGAACCAGGACAAAAGUAUAAUAUUUCCCUGACAGCCGUGCAAGGCUACGCAUUUAUUGGCUUUAUGUUAGCCGUAGAAGUAGACGGUAACAGUGGUGCCGAUCCAAUGCGAUUAGGCUACUUUGAAAUUGUUGAUUUUUCCGAAACGAAAUUCAGUGACAAAUGCAAUAAUUUAGUUAUGCAAACAAAUAUGUUGCCCAAGUCUAGGGUAAAUGUUGUUUGGACAGCACCGCCACCUGGUAGUGGUUGUGUUCUUAUUCGAGCUACUGUAAUUGAACAUCGAGAAGUUUGGUAUAUGGACGAUGGAUUUCUAACUAAGCAAUUCUGUGAAGAACAACAGGAUGAUAUUGAUAAUCAGCCCGCAGUCAUGGAUCCAUGUUGUGCUUGUGAUGAAGCAAAAUAUGAGCUAACAUUUGAAGGAAAAUGGUCACGUCAUACACAUCCAAAAGAUUUUCCAGCGAAUAGCUGGAGGACAAGGUUUAGCGAUAUUAUUGGGGCUUCACAUACUAUAGAUUAUAGGUUCUGGAGAUAUGGAGAACAAGCGAGUGAAGGAUUGAAAGAAGUUGCUGAACAUGGUUCAACGAGAACCUUGGAAAGUGAACUUAAAGAACAGAGCGAUCAAAUCCGUACAAUCAUUAAAGCCCGAGGAAUUGCCUAUCCUAACGUCACGGGCAAGACUUUUGCUGUCUUCCGAGUCGAUUCGAAGAAUCAUUUAAUAUCUUUAGUGUCCAUGAUUGAUCCAUCACCCGAUUGGAUUGUAGGAGUUUCUGGGUUAGAACUUUGCCUGCCCAAUUGUUCAUGGGUGGAAUAUAAGGUUCAUAACCUUUAUCCCUGGGACACUGGAACAGAUGGUGGCCCGUCAUAUAUGUCAGCCGAUCAGCCUCAAGUUCCACCCGAUGUCAUUCGUAGAAUCAAGUCAAAUUUCCCAAACGAUCCACGUUCACCCUUUUACGAUCCAUCUGGAGCUCCAAUGAAACCUUUGGCCCGUUUGCACAUCUCUCGUCGGAGGUUGUAUGAGAAAAAUUGUGAAAACAAUGAAUCUGAAAAUGAUCCAGUCGAAUGCUCUACCCAUCCAUGGGGACGAUGGAGUGAAUGCAGCACCAAGUGCGGACCAGGUGAACAAUAUCGAACAAGGGAAUUUAAGAAUCCUGGAGUAGCUCGCCGUUACAAGUGUCGGAACUCUUUGCGAGAGGAACAAAGCUGCCAGGGUACUAAGUGUGGUGGAUUUGAUGAGGACGCUGGGGGCGGUGGAGGUGAUGAUGGUGGAUACAGUGCAAGUCCUGAGAAUCCAGAAUGUGCCUUAUCGGAUUGGUCGGAAUGGUCAAGUUGCAGUGUUACAUGUGGCCGAGGAGUUCGCACACAGUCAAGAACAUAUUUAAAUAGGAGGGCGAAGAAAAAGUGUCAGAGCGUUAGUAGAGUAAUCCUUCAACGCAAUGAAAAGUGUGAAGGAGUUGAUUGCGGUGGAGAUAUCGGCGGAGGAGAAGGAGAGGAAGGUGAACAGGAACCAGAGGAGGGUGAAAAUGAAAACCCUUCAGAAGGAGGUGAAAAUGAGGAGAACAUUCGAACUAGAAACAGAUGGGGAGAUCGACGUGGAUACAAAUCUUUAGUUGGGUCCUAUGGACAGCAGCAGGAAGAGGAAGAAGAAGUUAUACCACCACAAUGUAAUGUUGCACCUUGGUCCAGUUGGUCACCAUGUAGUGAGACCUGUGGUGAAGGUUUUAAAACUCGUGAACGCCAAGUAUGGAACAACGAUGUAACGUAUGGGCUUAAAAAGUCCAACUAUGGCAAUGAUCCUUGUCAAAAUAUCAAAAAACAAGAAAUAGUCAAUUGUACAAUCAGUCAUUGUGACACUAUUGUUCCAGACUUUUGUUUCGAAGAACCAGAAGUCGGUCCAUGUCGAGGUAGUGAUGUGACAACAUUUUGGUACUAUGACAGCCGGAGUAAGCAAUGUGCUUUAUUUUUCACCAAUUGCUACAAUAACAGGAAUAAAUUUAAUUCAUCGGAAAAAUGUGAAGAAACUUGCAAGGAUCGCGAUGCAGAACCCUAUGGCUUGUCAGUUGAAGACCUUCGUUUGGAGAAAGUCGAUUGUGUUGUUUCUGAAUGGGUAGCUCAUUCGUGUAAUGCAACUUGUGGUGAUGGAGUGGAAAUCAAAACUCGUAAGGUUUUGCGCAGUCCGAAACAUGGUGGAAAGCCAUGCCCGAGGCGAUUGAUUCGUAUGGAGAAAUGUUAUAAACAUUGUCCAGAAGAAAUGAUCAAUAGACAAAGAUUGCAAUAUACCAGGCCGCCAGAGAAUGAAUGCAGAUAUUCAGAUUGGUCACCUUGGUCACCAUGUACAGCAACUUGUGGUAGUCAUUCGGUGAGGCAGCAGACGAGAGUUUUAAUAAACACCGAAUUAAGUUAUAAGUGUAGGGAGAGGGUAAGAAUAGAAAAAUGCAUUGUGAUGCCUUGUUUAAUAAGCGAGAACUGUCGGGGGCCAUAUUGUUAGAAUAUUAUUAAAAUUAAAAUAGUUUGAAAAAUA